CGCCAAUCACAACGCUCGGAACGAACAGAUCCGACUAUCGCUUGUCAAAAACCCACCGCGAAAUGCAGGUCCAUCUUCCAGCGGCGGAUAAAUAAGCUAACGGCGUUUCGUCAAACUGUGUUAGCCUACAUACUUUGUGCUCUGUGAAGGAUUAUCAAACCAUUUGCCCCUUAAAAUUUUUCUCUUCCUCUUCCUUCGUGUUUCUCGUCUUAUUUUGAGGAUGUCGGUGGCGGGGUUUAAGAAGCAGCUGCACAAAGCGAGUCAGUUAUUGAGUGAGAAGAUAAGUGGUGCCGAAGGGACAAAGCUUGAUGACGAAUUCAUGGAAAUGGAGCGGAAAAUAGAAGUCACCAACAAGUCUGUUUUUGAGCUUAUUACUAAAACCACGGAAUACCUCCAACCAAACCCAGCAUCAAGAGCCAAAUUGGGAAUGCUCAACACCGUUUCUAAAAUCAGAGGGCAGGUGAAGACAACGGGUUAUCCUCAAACUGAAGGACUUCUAGGAGACUGCAUGCUGCGAUAUGGACGAGAACUGGGGGAGGAGUCCACUUUUGGGUCUGCACUGGUGAACAUUGGUGAAGCCAUGAAACAGAUGGCUGAUAUUAAAGACGCCCUCGAUAUCAAUGUGAAACAGAACUUCAUCGAUCCACUGCAGACUCUACAAGACAAAGAUCUCAAAGAGAUUGUGCAACAUCUGAAGAAACUGGAGGGUCGACGGUUAGACUUUGACUAUAAGAAGAAGCGUCAGGGCAAGAUCCCUGAUGAAGAGGUCCAACAAGCGGUGGAGAAGUUUGAGGAAUCCAAAGAACUUGCUGAGAGGAGCAUGUUCAACUUUUUGGAGAAUGAUGUGGAGCAAGUGAGUCAGUUAUCAGCUCUGAUUGAGGCUGCGCUGGACUACCAUCGGCAGUCUUUAGAGGUCCUGGAGGACCUAAACAGCAAACUACAGAACAGGAUAGCUACAGCAAGCAGUCGACCCAAGAAAGAGUUCAAGCCAAAGUCGAUCUUGUCAAGUUUGGAGACAGUUGAGAACACCCAGCACAACGGGCUGUCCUACACAUCAUCAGUCAAGAGCACAGAUAUCCAAGUCAAAAGCACUGUUAAUGGAAAAACUGAUCAGUUCACCCACAAAACAACCAUGACUUCAACAUGGCCUGAAGGCCCCAAUGAAAUAGAGACACAUAUGGACCAGCCCUGCUGUCGGUCACUUUAUGACUUUGAGCCAGUGAAUGAAGGUGAGCUGGGCUUCAAGGAAGGUGACAUCAUUAUCCUUACCAAUCAGAUUGAUGAGAACUGGUAUGAAGGCAUGAUUAAUGGUGAAUCAGGCUUCUUCCCUAUAAACUACGUAGAGGUCCUAGUGUCCCUGCCCCAAUGAGCCAACAAUCACUGGUCACGCCAAACUAGACGGUCUCAACCAUUCACUCACCCGAUAUCCUCUGCUGCAUUAUCACCAAUGGAAGCCUUGCAUUUUACCACAGACAAUUUAAACGUUUUACUUUUCAGUAUUUAUUUCCUAGUACGUUUCCCAGUCCUAAUGGUGCAACAUCUUUGAUUUUUACACUGAAACCCCCCCCCACAAAAAAACUUCUUAAUCAGUAUUUUUGCCUUGUUUUUCAAUCAAAAUAUCCAAAAGAACAAAUAAGCUAUUGAAACAUGUUUUUAUAUAAUACAUGUAUAUCUUGCAUUUAAAAAUAAAUUAACUUUAUUAUCUACCGGUUUAUUCUUAAAACAAGAAAAAAAAAUAUUUUAGCUACUUGGCUAAGAAAAAUAAACUUAAAUCAAGUCUUAUAAUCUUGCACACUUUUGCCUGAAGUAAAACAAAUAAAAAAUACUGAUUAAAAAUUAUUUAAAUGUAUGUGUUAAGACCUGUUUUAGCUUCAGUGCAGCAUUCUCCUGUUUAUUUGAAAAUGUGAUGCAUCCAAUGGGGUGUAUAUGUCUUUUCGCUGUCGCUGUAUUUCUAUUUUUAUUUUCCCCGCUCAUUAUGGGAUUUUCCUGCCUGCAGUGGACUUGUGUGUUUUUUUAAAGACUCUUUUUCUUUAAAAAUCUUGAGCUACACUUAUGAAUGUCCCCCUCUCUCUGUUUACAUGCCUUAUUGUGAUCUUAGGGAUCAUAGUAAGUAUUGUGAGUGUUUUAAUGGGUUUCGCUCUCCCACGCCUUCAAGUGCUUAUUUGAAUAGUAUUUGUAUUGCACUAAAGCUUUAGAAUGAUACACGCCCUUUGAUGUGCACAUUUCAUUUUUUUUAUGUUGCGUUUUUGGUUUUAGAAUAUUGCACUUUCUUCUGUACCUUUUUCUGCCAUAUCUAGAAAUACAGAAUUUUAUCAGUCUUAUUUUAUGGAGUGGACUUUAUGCUAUAUAUUGACAUGAUUCACAACUUCGUACUGUAUGUAACGAGAACUUUUGCUCGCCUUGUAACUGUUUACCCUAUGUCGUGCUCUGAAUUACAUUAUACAUUUUGCAGAUGUUAACGAAAUAUUCUCUCCUCAGUCGAAUUUUCCAGUGCUUAUCGAUUGCAUAAGACUGCAUUCAAAUGUAUAUAGCUGGACAAACUAUGCUUGAACUGACAAAAUAUGACUCCUCUCCAUGAACUUAAGUGUUUGUCCACCAAAUAUAGACGUAUUCCAGCAAUGUCAAACAUUAUUUUUGUUACUCUGAGCAGUAUAUUUCUUGUGCAUGAAAUGGAACUUUGAAUGACUGUUUUUGUUUCUAUAUCAGCCAGAUACUGCCAUUGACCAUUACAAAUCUUUUCAAUCUUUUCAAAUCAUUCCCUUUUUGGCUUGUCGCACUGUUUUAUUUUUUUCCCAAUGUAUUUUUCUAGCCAAAUGAAGCACUCAGAGUUUCAAAAAGGUAAACAGUUAUUAGUUAUUUUGUCGCAAAUUACACUGUAAUUUCUGCACUGCCAAACAGAAUUGUGAAAAUGACUUGUUUUCUACAUUUUCUGGAGGAAAUGUAAGUGGUGCUUGUCUGUGCAAAACUCAUCGCCCCAGUGCUCUCCUCAGUAAGUCGCACAAUUUGAGGUUUCAUUCACGUCUGUUUCACAUGGUGCGGGACGAGUUACACGCCAAAGUUUAAUACUUAGGAUCAUGAGCAUUAAUAAUAAUAAUAGUGAUGCUAGCCUUAACAAACACCACAAAUGUGCUAUGUUCAGAUUAUUAUACUACCAUAAUAGUACAAGUAUUCCGUACUUAGGCAGGUUUCCCAAACACUUCCCCUACCUUCCAUUGUUCGAACAAACAGGUAGUCCUGCCACAAAUUUACGUCAUUGGUUUAGCAAGAAUUUGGACUACUCAAACAAAUAGGGUAAUGUUUUGAAAGCGCCCUAGUAUUUACACUCUUCAGGAACAUUAAUAACUUAAAGUUAUCUGUACACAUUGAACUGGGACAUUAACAGGAAAAUUACACCCAGCAGGUAUAUUGAAAUUAUUGAUAGGUGAACUAUGUGAUCUGUUUGUUGAAGCCACACUUCACCAGUUCUCUGCCUUCAUCAGACUUCAGUAGCAGCAGAGCUGUUACACUUCACAAAAACCAGCCUGCUUGGCAGACUUUUAUUGCAUUUCUGGAGAUAAUUGUAAAAACAAUAUGAAAUUUCUCACACUUUAGAUGUAGAAUAGCUGACUCCUCACUUCCAAACACUAACAAAUGUAUGUGUUCUUACAAAAUGUAUACAAAGCGUAUUUUUAUGUUCAUCACUACAUCACUGAGUGAAAGAAAAAGGCUGUGAAUCAUUUUAGUUUUGCUCUCUCACAUUAUUAAUAAAGAAAACAUGGUUUAUAUAUGUUGUAAAUGAAUAUAUUGUUACACACUGUAUAUUGCAUAAAUAAAUA